GAUUGUGUGGGUGGAUGUGGAAGAGGCAAUCCGGCAGGCCAUGGAUUGUGGGUGCUUAUGCCCUCCUCUCAUUCCCCCAGUGCCCCUCCAGCCUUCCCCUCCCAGCCCAAGUUCGAUCCCCCGCCCUCCCGUCUUAGCAAUUCCACCAAAUGGCUCCUAUCAGGACUCGUCUCCUCACCCGCAGGUCCUCCAAUGUCGAGAAUGCGCCUCCUUCUGUCCUUGCCCACAAGUUGGCACGCGACACUCACCUUCUCGUCCGUCCUCGUGUCGUCUCUCGCGACCACAGGCGCAGCAGAAGCUCUCGUACUCAUCGAGGCGUCGACCGCACCAAGUUCAAGAAGAACAGAAUCAUGACACCUCCCAUUCACGUUCGCAUCACCCCUUCUGCACCCUCUGCACCUGCACCUGCUCCCGUUGCAACUCUCCCAACUAUCCCUGAGACCUCUCUCGAGCUCACUUUGCCCACCAACCAAACCGUCACCCUCGAUCGCAAGCUUCGCCGAUACAACUUCGGCAAGCCCAUUCCUCGCCAAAAUAUCUUCUCGAUCGCACCAGAGUUGGCAGAUACCUCGAUCCAUUUCCUUCGCGAUGAAUUCGAGCUCUUCGGGCCCGAAUUGGAACUCGCUUGCAGAUCAGUGGGAAUCCCAAGUGGCAUGACCACCAUCCCUCCCACUAUCGAAAUCACCCUCAAUGACACCGAACGCGCUCCACCUACCCACAUCCUCGCAGUCCGCAAGCAUCCCGACAGUCCUGGAAGUACUACUGGAGCCAACAAUGUCACCCUCCAUCCUGUUCAUGCUAUCAUCCCUACCAUCUACUGCUCCUCUUUUCCUCGCCUUGUCUACAACAACGUCGAAUCACCUCUGACGCCCGGCGAGCAAGUGAUAGUCCCAGUGAAGCCCAUCAUCCUUCCCUAUCCCGAACACUUCAGCAUCCUCCUCUCCUACAUGUACAACAAGAACCCGCUUCCACUCUUCCGGUACUUCGUCCCUGCAAUCCCUCCAGCCGUCGUGCGAGAUGCAUCAGCUACGGGUACUCGUCAAGGUCAGGUCGCGGUCUACGCGCUUGAGCUUUGUAGGAGUAUGAGUUGGACGGAGUUGUUUAGACGGUUGAUGGCGUUGAAUGGGGCUGUGAAGGAUGUGUGGGCGUUGGGGAUGAGUGAUGAUGGGCUUUGGGCGAUGAUGGAUGUGUGUUGGGAGAUUUUGUUGACGGCGUUGAACGUGAGCGUGCAGAGGGUUCGUGCGGAACAACAACAGCGGGCGAAGCAAUAGGUGGCUUUCAUCAUCAUCGUGAUCACGAUUCCAUCUCCCUUUGCAUUGCUUACAUCGUUGGGUCCGCUAUCGUUAUUCUUGAUUUAUUCAACAUUAUGCCUCUAUGCCUAGCUUUCCCUUUUCUCUCCCACCACUACGCGCUCUAUGCCCCCUCCUCUUGCUAUUCUCACCAAUUAUGCACCCUCACUCAUCUCAUCCUGCAUCUCUCUCUCCCAAUCCGCAUACCCUAGAUAUUCAUAAAUUCCCAUUCGUCACUAGGCUCGGGUUCUCGCUGUCGCAUUUUUUUCCGCAUUUUUUUUUUUUUCGCAUUUUUCGUUCAUCUUUUGUCACGUCGAUUUUGUGGCAUUUUCUAUCGAUUUUCCUACCCUACGUGUAGAAGCAAAGUAAAACAACGUUGUUGUACUUAUAUAACUUACGUAGCGUAGUAUCCGUGUUAGCUAGCUUACUAGCGACUUACUUGGAUAUGCAAUACAAAUGAUUGUAAUCA